AUGAUACAGAAAUGUGGUAGAAGGAUCGAGUUUCAGCAUAGUUUUGUUAAAGAUAGUAUCGAGUAUGUAUUGCACGUAAACAGUACAUACGCACCCGGAGCAGAGGCCGUGUUUGAUAUACAGAAAAACAAUAUAGUUCUCGCUUGGGUGUUAUCAAGAAACAAGACAUUGUCAUCAAAUCUAUUGGAAGAAGCUCAUCAAACCUUGAUGAAAAUACCGUCGACAAGCCUCGCAUACUUCAAUUCGGUCAGCCACAGUGAAAAAUUUUGCGACCACAUGUGGUCAGCUCAUGUCCAUGCACAUUAUCAUGAAACAGAUAAUGAUUCACUCGCUGAAACUUGA